AUGCGGAUAUUGCAAAAUAUCGCACAUCCCGUUCUCAGGAAGGCGGAAAGAACACACAAGGACACAGGGCACAAAACGUCACAACUACACAAAGACAAACAGCACCAUUACAGCAACAUUCACAAUCCCCAGCAUCAUCAUCCCUGCAUGCUCCAUCAUCAUGAUCAUUCUCACCUGUACAAUCACAUGAACACAUGCCCCCUUUAUCAGCACCAUUACAGCAUGGACUCAUCUCAUCACACUCACCUUCACCAGUUACAAAAUCAUUUACACGAAAUAUUCAUCCACUAUCAAAACCACUACCACAACAUAAACGAACAUCAUCACGCUUUCCUUCACCAGCUACAAAAUCAUUCACACGAAAUAUUUAUCCAUCAUCAAAACUACCAUCCCAACAUAAACGAACAUCACGCUGUCCUUCACCAGCUAGAAAAUUAA